CACCACGACCACCACGACCACCACCAUCACCAUCACCAUCACGUCAGUCCCUCGUUCCACCACACCGCACAACCUGUGACGGCAUCCGUCACCUGCAACCUUCCGGAGGCACACUUACCGCCCGAAACGUAACUUUGAGCUACGCGAUGGUACGGGAAAGCUUAACGGCGGCGGCUGGCCGGGUUGCGUUGUUGCUACUUGUUGCCGGCGGAAAGGUUGUUUCGGCCCAUGAUCACGAUGGAAGCGACGUUCCGGAGGGCGAGGUUGUAAGCCCUGAACCGCUCGACUCGAUCCUCUGGUGGCAUAUUUGCACAAUGAUCGUGGCGUUUGGUAUUCUGUUCCCCAUCGGAAUGGUGUUGGGCAUCGUGCGCUCGAGGUGGCAUGUUCCGGUUCAGGUCGUAGCUACGGUUGUGGCCACCACGGGCUGGUUCCUCGGACAUGCUCACAAGGGACGGCAGUUCUCGCACAAUAUUCAUGCCACCUUCGCGCCGGUGUUGAUGAUGAUGCUGGUUACGCAAAUCGGACUCGGCAUUUAUCUGAAGCUACAUCUCGAGCGUGGGAUCCACGGACGAAUCCGACGGGUUGCCGUGGUACUCCACGGUAUCGUGGGGAAAGCUAUGCCCGUGAUGAGCUGGAUCCAGAUGCUAUUUGGCGGCAUAACUGCGCUGGGCUUCUGUCGUGCGGACCAUCUAGGCCAGUGCCUUGCCCACUUCAUCAUGGGAUCGUCUUUUAUCGCGUACGGAAUCAUCCUGACGAUGAUGUUGCUGGUCGGUCAGGGAUGGCUUCGACGGUCGGGGCGGUCCCAGGAGUUUUGGGACUCGUUGGUGAUUUCGAUUUGGGGUUGUAUCAAUACGUUCACCGAGCAUCGGUGGGGUACUGGGUGGAACCAUAGUGAUAUUCAGCACACUUCAAUGGGGGUCGUGUGGUGGUGUGCUGGACUCCUCGGGCUAUGGCUCUCCAGGAGCAAAGAUGGUCAGCCGAGACGAAAUGUCAUUCCAGCCAUAGUAAUCUUUUUGACUGGCUGGGCAAUGUCCGGCCAUGCCCAACAUCUUCCACUCUCAACUAUGGUUCACGCUGUGUUUGGCUACACCCUGAUGGCCGCCGGAGCCUCCCGUGUAAUUGAGAUCUGCUUCGUGCUUCAGGAUAAACCCACUCGUGACGAGCCAUCCUCCUUCCAGCAUCUCACACCGUUCCUGCUCUUCGCUUCCGGGUUCAUCUUUAUGUCGGCGACGGAAGAACAGUUGGCCUUGAUUGACAGUGUUGGCAUCGAUCACGUUUCGUACCUCCUGGUGCUCUACAGUUUGGCGUUCUUGUUGUACUUGCUCGUUCAAGUCCUGCUUCACAUCUUCGUCGCCAACGCCCCCGAGGCGAAGCCGGCGUACAAUCCCAUCUCCCUCGAGAACGGACAUUCCAGAGAAGCAGAAGAGCAGCGUGCACGGGAGACAGACGAAUUUGAGCUCGCGGGGCUCAUUACCGACGAUGAAGACGCGGACUCGGACAGCGACGGUCCAAGAAAGCCGUAGGUCUGUAGAUUGCUAGAGGAUAUACCUGGAGUUGGGGAGUCAUUUCGAACCAUAUUCUCUUUUCCAUUAUUAUUGUUUUUCAUCAUUAUCGUCCACGAGCUUAAGACUAGAGACGAACGAGCACCAGUGUACUCUAAUAGAUAUACAUAA